AUGCGUUUCCGAACGAAACUCACCAAUGCGGAGACUUUCUCCAAGCUAACCGCCUCCCUCUCAUCGCUGGGCAAGACCUGCUGGAUGCGCCUCGAGCCAGGCAACAUCCGCUUCACCAUUAUCCCCGACCAAGGCACCCAAGUAUGGGCACAAUUACCAAUUGACGCCAUCUUCGACGAAUCAAGCUACAUCCUCGAAUCCAACUCAGGCGGAAUCAUCAACCUAGAAGUGCCGAUCGGCGCCCUGCACCGGGCGCUCCGCUCCGCCGUCGACGCCAAAUCCGCCCAACUCCGCCUCACCCAGAAGGGCCGCAUCCCGCUCCUGGCACUGACCAUCCGCACGCUAUCCUGGGCGCCCGGGUCCAACGCACUGGGCAUCAUCACCACCGCACCUGGAACCGGAACCGGAACUGGUCCGGGCAGCGACACCCCCAACGGGCCCUCCCGCCCCGGCCGCGAACGCGAAACCGUGAUCACGCAAGAAAUCCCCGUGAAGGUCUUCCACGAGUCCGCCGUCGAGGGCCUCCACGAACCCCGCUGCCGCGACCCAGACGUGCACAUCAUCCUCCCGAGCCUCGGCCAACUGAAGAGCAUCUCCGAGCGGUUCACCAAGCUCGCCUCCCCGGGCCAUGGGUUUGCGUCCGCGGCGGAUGCCGCCACGAAACCCACCGCGACGGGCGCGUCGGCCGCCGCCCCGAAACUCGAGCUGUCCGCCAACAUGCACGGCGCCCUCCGGCUGGCGAUCGCCACGGACGCCCUGCGCAUCUCGAGCGUGUGGACCGACCUCGUCAACCCCUCGCUGGACCCGGGCCAGCUGUCCCAGGGCGAGAUCGAGCGGUUGCCGAGUGAGCGGAUGCGCGCGGUGCCCGGGGAUGACGAGGCCGGGUGGGCGCGCGUGCGGAUCGAUGGGCGCGACUGGGGAAAAGUGUUGAGUGUGGGGAGGUUGAGUCCAAGGGUGGUUGCUUCUUUCGUUCACGAGACGGCCUUGAUUCUCUACGUCUACCUUCCUGGGACAUUCAAUGAAGAGGACUCGUGUCUGACGUACUACAUCAAUUCAUAUGCGGCUUGA